UUUUAUCGUUCACAAUUCUGAUUUCACUUUUUUUAAAGUUACUUAGGAAGGUGUCUUGCAUCUAACUAGGUCUGUCUAAUAUGCAGCAUUCUUAAAUACUUAAAAGAUAAGUGUUCAUGUAUUUCUUUGGAGAAAUAAUUUUAAUUUUACUUUGUUUCAGUAGAGUGAAGUUGGCAUUUAGAUAAGUAAUCAAAGAUGGCGUCCUACUUAGCUCAAGAAGUUCAGCUUGCUAGAAGACAUGAUGAGAUACUGUCUCAGAGAUCAGUAUUGCUACAGCAGAUGGAGACUCAUCUAGGGGACAAAAAGACUGAAAAGACAUUGCAAAUGCUAGCAGCUGAUGCAGCUUAUAAAAGAAAUACAGCACUUUUAAAUACUCUCUAUUGGGCAUCAGUAGAAGAAUCUAUUCCUAAGUGGGAGCAGUUUCUUUUAGGAAGAGCACAAACACCUGUUGGUUUUAAGAAAAAGAAAUCUUCAGAGUAUAACAUAAGUCAUGCAAAAGUUGCUGCACAAAGAUGAAGAGGAAACAAAAGAGAAACUACCUUUUGACUUCAGUGGGAAAAAUAAUCCUGUACAGACAACCGCAUAUAAGGCCAUUGAAUUGCACUUAAAUUUAUGUAUAUUAAAAUUAAUCAUGUUUGAUGGA